UCGGACGAGUUUGGUUCGACCAUCGAAGCGCAGUAAACGUGUGGGAAGCGGGUGUCGGUCAAACAGCUGGGAGCGUACUGGCACAAACUAGCAGCAGCGAAGAUUCCAGACUCACUAGCGCACUUAGCGUAAAACCACUGGCAACCAAAGGGUCAUUCACUAGCAACUCACCAUCGGAGUUAUCAUGAAUGAAGUGCCAUGGGUCCCCGGCCACAGAAAGGAACUUACUCGAAGGUGAAGCCGUCCCCAAGGACAGAGGAAGAGAAAAGGAAGCAUUUCAAGCGGAGGAAGGUCAUUCCAAAGUUCAGCGACCUUUUUAUCAACAAGAACGAGAAUGAGAGUGACCCUUUUGACGCCUUGUUUGAAACUAGCAAUAAGAAUCACGGUAAUCUGAAGAAGUCAAAACGCAAAGUUCCUGGUAAGCAGAGAAGACCACUAGCUGUUAACAACUCGCUGUUAAACAGUACUCUUGGCAGUAGUCAUAACUCUGCCAAUGAUACUUUUGACAAACUCUUGAAAGAGACAAAAUUACCCUCUGUGGUUGCAAAUAGUAGUAACCAGCUUUCAUCAUCAGCUGGAAGCUCACUAGAAGUUGAUGGAAUCUUGUAUCAGUCCCUCUUCUCUUCAGUAGCGUGUUUGACAGCAACUGCACAAAACCAUGAUCACAAAGAAGAAACAAAGCAUAUUUUGCCCACCAAAGAAUCUAAGAAAGACACUGAAAAUAAAAGAGCAAACAAAAGGAAAAAAGAAAGAGAAGAAAAGGGUUCAAAGAGUAAACCUACUGGGAAUAAUGGGGGAAAGGCAUCAACAAAAGAGAUUACAUCACUGUUUCCUGCUGGGAUGACAUUCAAGGUACCAGUGAUUCAGUUGCACAGAAUAACCACGUUUACCACGCCUCCAGUGUGUCGAACACAGAAGAAAAUCAGUGAAGUGAAAGAGCUGGCAGAAAGCCCUUUGGAGGCCCAGAGUAAACCCCAGGAAGUGCUUGGGAGAAAGUCCAGUGACAAGGGCGAUGGAUAACAAGCACCCAGCAGAGCAGCCCGGGUGAAGGCAUGGGCAAAAAUGGGGGGAAAAAUGGAGAUGCCAUCAACUCCAAAACCCUUUACUUUAAUAUCUCCAGUGCCAAAGGAAAGCUACCUUGUUGCUCUUAGUAAUUCAUCAGAUUUUGAGUCUCCAAUGUCCUUUAAAUCUAAAUCAAAUAUCCACUCAAAUGAAGGCAAAUGGAACAAAAUUUUUGAAAGAGAAUGGACCUGCAAUCAGAAAUAAAUUAAGUUCAGGGGGCAGUUUUCCAGCUGGGCAUCCGAACAAAGGGGAAACCCUUUUAGCAUGCCAUCUAAAAAAAAGAAAAAAAUAGAGAUGGAGAGUGAAAUGAAAAGGUUUUUAAUAGCUCUUUGGAAAAAGGAGAGUGGCCCGUUCAAAGGGGUAUUUAUACCGGCCCUACAAUCCAAAGCCCGUAAAAAACAAAUUUUUUGGGCACCUGAAAGCAGUGAAACAGAAAUUGCGUUUUUAACCAGCAAUGUCAUAGGUUUAAGAAUGUAGGCAUGCUAGAACACUGAAAAUAGAGUCAUACUAGAAAAGGAAAGGAGUGCUGUUUUUAGAUUAGAAAAAAAAAAAUUUUUAAAACUUCGGCAGACCUCUCUAAUUAGAAAGGUCUUAGCUCACAUGCCAAAAAAAAAUGGCAGUUACCAAUCUAAACCAAAAUCUCGAACAAAGCAGUUAGGCUCAAAAUUUCUCUUAAAAAAUCUUUGGGCAAGCUUUUCCCUUUUGACUAGACUAAGGCAGAAAGCUCCCAGACAGACCAAGAUUUUUGAUAUCUCUUUGGAGAGUUUAGUGGCAGCACAAGAAAAUAAAAAAAGUACUUCCAUAAGUAAUUUAUCAGGCACGGAAAAAUCUUUAGUCAUAGGGAGACGGAAAAGAAUAUCCAAAGUGACAGGUAGUGUGAAGAAUCGCAUUCAACUGGAGACCUCAGACACGGACACUUCACUUGUCAUUCCAAGAAGACCUCCUAAGAAGCUGAGUCUUAGAAAAAAAGUGAAGGAUAAUACUUCCCUGAAACCAUCAAAUGGAAAUAGCCAGUUCAUGUCUGAUGCUGAUUUAAGCAGGGUCGAUGGCAGAAAAUUACAGGUGAAAAGGGGGGGGAAGUUACUAGCCAUGAAGCGACAGACAUUUGUGCCAUCUCCAAAGUUACUGAGAAGGAAAUCUGCAAGGUUGUGCAAAAAUCAUUUGGAAGAAAGUGCAACCAAGAGCCAGAGUGAGAAUGAAAACUAUAGUAAUACAAGUAGAAUUCAGAAUCAAACAGAUCUCAAAGAACUCAGUUUGAAAAACUUAAGCAGAAUGUCUGCCAGAAGUGUGCAGGGGUUAGAGGCCACUGCCAUGAGUUUUGGUUCAGUAAAUAUACAAUUUACUGACUUCCCGACCAAAAAGAAAAAGGGGGGGAACCGUUGUCUACUGUAAAAGGAAUCAAAAGGGAAAAAGUUUGAUACCUCAGGUACCCAUAUUUCAGAAGUACAAAAUGAAGAGCCAGUUGGUUUUGAGGAACCACAAGUUAUUGACAAAGAUCCUGAGAAUGCAGAGCAAACAAGUUCAGAUGAAAAAGAUACAGAUUCUCUAGAACAACCCCCUAGUGGGGGUUCCUGUCACUUUGGGUUUAAGGGAGUAUUCAUGAGAAUUCUCUUCUGGGAAAUAGAGGGAAUGGAAGAUGAUGCAGAAGCGAAAGGGGAGUGUAUGAUUCCCGUGAAAGGGGGGCAGGGGUGGGAAAAAUCCUGUCUUGCAUCUGCAGCAAAAGGAAAUUGUUCUUUUAUCCCUCACCGACAGGAUGAAAUAGGCAUCCGUCGUCAGACAGUACAUACGGUGUCCGAUGUGCACAGACGAAGAACUGGGAUGCGGAUAUCAGCUAUUCCUCUGGAUAUAAGUAGACACAUACAACAGAUGGGAAUUGCACAUAAAGUGGAUAUGCACACUUCACAUCACACAAGCUUCCACACAGUGGUCAGCACUGAUGCCUCUGAGCCUGCCGUACCCUCUGACCCCAGGGAAUAUGUUCUCAAGCUGUGCAGUCAAGUUGCUCCUGUCCCCAUUGAUGAGUGUUUCACAGAGAGCCGUCUCGUCAGUUGUAAGAAGAUCGGAGAGGGUGUAUAUGGAGAGGUUUUCAUGACACGGCCCAACCCAAGCAACCUUGAAGGGGCAACCGUCCUCAAAAUUAUGCCCAUCGAAGGAGACUUUGAAGUCAAUGGAGAACCACAGAAGAAGUUUGGGGAAAUUGUUUCUGAAAUUGUCAUAUCCCUGGAGCUGAGCAAUUUAAGAAAAUCUGAAAAUGAGUCAAACUGGACGGAAAACUUUGUAAAUGUGCUAAACUCUUGGUGUGUCCAGGGUUCCUAUAUUCAAGAUCUUCUCAACAUGUGGGACGUAUACAAUGAAGAAAAAGAUUGCUUACAGUUUGGCAGUGGCUGAACAGGAGUUGGAAUUCGAGCAUCGAGACCUCCACUGGGGCAAUGUGUUAGUAGCACCCACGAAAGACUCUGUGAUGGACUUCAGGGUAGCUGGAGCCACUUACAGUUUACCCACAAAGGGAUUGAAGGCUACUGUGAUUGAUUUCACCCUAUCACGUCUUCAUUUAAAUCAUUGUGUGAUGUACAAUAACCUUGGAGAAGACCCCUCAUUGUUCACAGCAGAAGGAGACUAUCAGUUUGAAAUAUAUAGGCAGAUGAGAAAAGCAAAUGGAAAUGAUUGGGAGAAAUUCACACCAUACACCAAUGUUCUGUGGCUUCAUUACAUUUUGGACAAGAUGAUUAGCGAAUGCUACUACAAGAAGGUGAAAACCAAAGUUCACUCCAGUAAUCUUGCCCAACUUCGAAAACUCAAAGGAAAAAUGCUUAGCUAUGAAAGUGCAACAGAUUUUGUUUUCCAGAGAGAGAUGAACAUUUAGUAGUUGUGUUUGUUUUUUUAGCAUUCCUCCUUCAUGACUUCUUCUCAUGAAGCUGUUUAGGUCAAGAAUAAGUGGAUAUCCUUAUUUUUCUUUACUGCUCACUGUAAAUUGAAGUGUAAAUUUGUAAAUAUAUACUUUUUAUUGUA